GGCAAUAAAAACCUUGCUGGAGAAUGUUGCUGUAACACUUGGUGCGAAAUGUUUCAAAGUCUGGCAUAGCUCUUAAUAGUUUUCAGGAUAUUCUUAAGAUCCUUAUAGAACUUUAAUAUAAUUUAAUUCAAUAGAUACUUACUGGAGCGUGAUAUAUAACUACCAUUCCAAAUAAAUGUGCUUUAAAGUGCUUUAAUAACAAAAAAUAUCUGAAAUAUUUGUGAAUUUUCAACCGAAUUAAAUAGAAUUUAAUAAACCCAAAAUGAGGGCAGAAAAAUCCGAAUCCACGUCCGUGUUUCAGCACAUCGAGUCGGCUCUGUAUGUGAUCAACCAGCUAUGCAUCGGUUUUGUGACCAUUUGGGUUAGUUGGACCUGCCUGCGCCAGGACCUCUCCGGCAUCCGCCUCCACGCUUGGCUGGUUACCUUCGGAUUUGUGUUCCUGAUGGCCGAGGGCAUGAUGUGUUUCUACGACGGCAGCUGGCUAACCGUGCGCUAUUCCCGCAAAUAUAAGACAACCUUCCAUGUGGUGCUCCAGGUGCUAGGCGGCGGGAUGGGCGUAGCCGGAUGUCUUAUUCAAUUGAUCCGGGACGAUUGGUCGGUCAGUGUUACACUUCAUGCCCGUCUGGGCUUCGCCGCCUUCAUCCUGUGCCUCAUUUCCCUGCUGAGCGGUCUGGCAGCGGUGCUGGCGAGGUCCAUAGGACGGGUGGUUUCCCCGCUGAUCAACAAAACCUUCCAUGUCGUCCUGAGCUUCGCCGCAUUUGUGAUCGCAAUGAUGGCUCAGUUCUACGGAUACACACAAACUGGAAUUUUCAGCGGCCAAGGGCAGGACUUUGUGAUCCUGAUGCAGGUCGUCACCAUGGUGGCCAUGGUUCUGACAAGCAUAGGAGCCAUCAAAUCCCUUUACCAAAAAAUUGGGAGCUUGGCUAGCUAAUUGGCUGCAUAUAGACUAGAAAUUAGGAAUAUUUAUUAGUUAAUGCAAUUGUACAAAGUUAAUUAAGAUUAUUUAAAAAAAUAAAAAUAAAAGUGAAAAACGA